AUGGAUGCAGGGGGAGUCCAAGACAACACAGAAGCAGGGAGAGGAGACACAGAGGCAGGAGCAUCAGUGGCAGGACAGGAAGUGCAGUGCUACAAGUGCAACCAGCAUGUGAAGGGAGAUAAAUUUUCAGAGCACCUGUCCGACCACCAUACAGAGGAGGUGUGUGAAACCUGUGGUGCUAAGGUGCAGGGUACUGUUGGUCUUUUAAACCACAUCCAACUGGUUCACUAUGCAGCAUUAACGAUGCCCUCACAACCAAAGCCACUAGCCAAGUGCUACGAAAGCACGACCAACAAAAAAGCAAUACCAUCAAAGACAACACCAUCUCUGCUCUCUCCUUCAUGUAGCUCUGACACGCCACAGCACACUGCAGCUCCAUUAACCUCAAAAUCAACUGCAGUCAACUGGAAAGGUUUUCUUCCUGAGCAAUUUCGGAGAGUGAUAAAAGAAGCAGAUCAGGUGUGGAUUUCCAAAUGCCUUUAUGAAAAAACAGGCCAGCUGAAACAAAGAUUUCAAGCCUGCUGGUUUCACCCCCCACUGGAGCCCAAACCAUCUCCUCCUGAGCCUGGGUGGUACUACCGGCAGAGGCUGUUCAUCUGGGCACCAAUGAGGAUGUGGGGGAUUCCUUUAAAAUGCCCACAAUGUUCCCGGAAAAUGAACAGCUCUGGGAUCUACAGAAAGGUGAGGGAGGUGAUUGAUGUGGAUAGCCGCUACUACCUAGUGGGAGGGGACUAUCCACGUUGCAGCAAGUGCUCUCAGCCGGUCUGCCCAUGGAGUCAGGACAUGCUCUCCCAGGUUGAUGUGGCACACAGGAGCUUGUUCCCCGCUGUCCUCACUACACAGCUGGCUCUGGACAGAAAAUGCAUGACGUUUCUGAAGCCAAGGACAACUGGCAACAGUUCCUCCUACCUCCAGUCUGCUAUACAGGAAGCGCACAGUGAAGAGUGGGCACGGCAGACCAUCCGCUACCUCUCCGACUGUGAGCGCCAUAUGAAGAUGGCUACUUUCCUCCACUCUCCAGCUGUUCUUCCACCACCACCACCCUUCAGGCCCCUUCCUCUUGCUCAGUGGUUUGAGACCGCCCACUCAAAUGAUAUCCUCAGCCACAUUGAGGAGAUGAAGGGAGUCAUCACUUCUACCUAUGGUAGAAUUCUUAAAAUGGACUCAACAAAGAAGAUCACCAAGAAGCUGGCUGGUGGGAUCGAGGACAGUGCUGCAUGGAUGUCAAACAUCGGCAACGAGUUUGGCCAGGUGUUGAACUCUGUGCUGACAACGGGUGAAGGUGCAGGGUUGGAGGAGUUGUGCCAAGGAAUUGUCAACCGGUAUAGGAAUGCAGGCCAAGCUGAACCUGAGGUCAUCUAUGUUGACAGAGACUGCUGCAGCCAGACAGGAGUGUCUUCAGUAGCAAAGCUCUUUCACCCAUGGAAGUCUGCGGUGCGCUUGGACAGCUUCCAUUUCAUGAGACGUUUUAACUGCGGCCUCACUACAGAACACCACCCUCUCUAUGGCACCUUUUGCUCCAAGCUUUCUGCCUGCAUUUUCAUAUGGGACCAGGACGAUGUGCAACGCCUGAAGGAGGCCAAGAGAGCAGAGUGGAGGAGCAGCCACAGUGGACAAAUACCCACUGAAGAGCAGCUCAUGGCCACCAUCAGCCCGGCGGAACUGAAGAGACACUGCAGGAGGAGGACGCGUGGAGUGGAAGAGAUGCGGAGCAUGAUUUCAGGGCUGCUGGAAUCAGUGUGGGAGCUGACAGACACCACAGGCCUGCGUUUGGUAAAUCAUGACAGCAUGCGCCACGUGUGGGAAGUGCAGCAAAAGCAUCUGGAGUGUCUACAAGAUCCUGUAGGUGUUGCAUUGUACACAAAGGUGGGGACACUCCAGAAGGGCGGCAAAGAGCUGGACAUCCUUAGGUGUGCUAGGGGAUCAUCCUCCCUGGAGAGUUUUCACCGACACCAGUGUGCUUUUAUUCCAGGCUGGCGGUGCAAUGCUUUACAUACCCAAAUGUACAUGCUGGAGGGGAUAUCAAGAUGGAACAUGGGCCGGGCCAAGGAGGCAGUAGAUGUGGAGGGGGCCUCAACACUAAGAAGCUUUGAUGUUCGCUUGAUAUCCCUCCUUAACAACUUAAGUCAGCGUGUCCAUGGUUGUGCUCUGGUGCCAGAGUUCACCCCACCUGGAAAACCCACUGGCGAGCGAAUAGCAGUGGAAUACUUAUUGGCCCAGACCAACAGAGGUGACCUGUUGGCUCCAUCACAGGUCUCUGAAAUCCCCUCGCAGGUGGUCGAGGAUGAGGAUGAGCCAGAUGACACCAUCAGCAUGCCUGACAUUCUCUGCCAGUCAGCUGAGACAGGGGCGGGUGAUCCUCCAAGUGCUGUAGAGGAUGACACUGAUCCCGACGCCCUCGUUACAGAGACCAGCCAACGUGACUCCAGGGGCGUUGUGGGAUGGGAUGCAGUUGAUGCCCUUGCAGCCUACCUAGUUGACUUGAACCGCACCAUCACCGCCUUGUCAGCCAAGGAGGAGACAGACAUAGUCCACCUGUACACAGCUCUUAAUGCCAUGGACAAGGCACCUUCAAGGUACACCCAGAAGGCUAAAAAGAAAGCGCAUGCUACUUCAGGACCUUGGAGAGCACCCAGGAAGCCGAGUGGUUCUGCUCCUGGACAGCAGGCGGCUGAGAGACUUUACAUGACUCAUGGCCAAGCAGCCCAGGACCCGGAAGCAAACAGGGUCAGUGAGUGUGUUUGCCUCAGACUCGCCAAAGAGUUUGAGCAGUCACGCAACAGGCCAAAGGACACAAAGGGGAAAACCAUGCCCAUCCCUCAGUCCAUAGUCAAGGUAUACGGCCAUAUAAAGCAGUUGCUGGAGGACAGCAGGGUUGUCCUGGACCAGACAAACCUGCUUCUGGUGCCGGUUAACAACACCACAGUCUCUUCAUGGCUGCUUAGGAGGGAUAAGAGGAAGGACAGGGACAUGCUGCUGCAAGGCACUGUUCUUCCCAAACAGUUGCACCUGGCCAAGGAGCCUCUCCCUGCAACUAAGACACUUCCUGCAGCACCUGUGCAACACGGACAUGAAAAAAUGGAAUUCGAGGAGCCUGAAAACCGCGAGGGGGAAGCUUUUCCCCGUCAGCGCACUCUGGCGGCAAACAAACCAGUGUCCGCUCCACCAUUUCCACCUCCCCAGUUCCCUCCUCAGUUUUGGCCAGCUCCUCAAUUGCAGCAAGCUCCUCCAUUUCCACAGUUUCCAUUUCCAAAUGCUCCUCCGUUUAUAUAUGGUCCUUCAUUCAGCUAUGCUCCUCCAUUUAACUAUCCUCCUCCACCGCAGCAAACUCCUCCUCCUCCACAUGCACCUCCAUCUCCUGAUGCUCCUCCUGUGCAGCAUGCUCCUCCAGAGAGCCUUCCAUCCCAGCCAAGACAACGUGCCUGGAGGCUAAAUAAAGCUGCACAGGAAGAUGAGGAGCGUGUAUCAAAGGGGGAGCCACCUCGGAAGAGGCUAGCGAAGGAAAAAUACCACUACACGUGCAAGGUGUGUGGCCAGGACAAAAGCAAAAAGACUGGACACACCCAGCUGAAGGGGCGGUGGUAUUGUCCUGCCUCUGGAGUUACCCAGGAAGACUGGAGGAAGAAUUUGUAGUUUUUGUUACCUCUGUUUCUCUGUUUCUCACAAUAAAGUUUCAUACGUUUUUUGGAGUUAAG